AUGGUUACAUAUAGACUGGGAGACCAGCUGAUAUCCUUGGAGCUGCCCGAUGCCACGAAAAAGGAGAUCGACUUUACCGAUAGCUCAUUCUUCAAGACCCCAAACCGCCACCUCCCAACACCCGACCAGGUGAGAGCGAUAUCCCCAGAUGUUCGGAACCGUUAUAAAAUAACGCCCGUCAGAUUUGAGAAUCUUAACCUGAUUGUCAAAUCUGGCGUUGAUGUGACAACUAUCGAGGCGGUGAAUCUUUGGAUGAUCAAAAAGGUUUUUCAGAACGAUGUUCCAGUGCCUGAGGUCUUUGGCUGGCGGGUUGAUGAUGAAGGCUUUGUGUUCAUUUAUAUGGAGCUGAUCAAAGGACCAACACUUGAGGAGUGCCGGGUGUGUUUGGACACUACACAGAAGAAGGCCAUCACUGAUCAGCUGUCAAGGAUCAUGGGGAAUCUGCGACGACUUAAGCAAGACACUUCCGAUCCAUUCGUCGGCCGCACUUUCAAAAAUCAACCGAAAACUGGCCCGAUCCCCAGUGCCAAAGAGUUCAACGACUGGUUUGCUUUGCUACCCUCGAUAUUCCUCUGCCAGAGAAGUGAUAAACCAUAUCGAUGCUUUCUUCCAGAUACUGACGAGAUCAAAUUCACCCAUGCGGAUCUACACAAGGGGAAUAUGAUCGUAUCCUCCUUCGACCCAGUUCAGAUUGUCAUUGUGGACUGGGCGCAAUCGGGAUGGUAUCCGGAUUACUGGGAAUACUGCAGAGCUUGCUGGACCUGCAAGAAGGGGGACGAAUGGCAUGAGGACUUUGUCGCCGAAUUCCUGGAGCCUCGAAAGGAACUGGAUGAAGUUUUUGCUUAUUAUUGCUACGCAAUAGGCGCGUAUUCUUAA